AUGUCAGUAGUUGAUAGUGUUUUGUUAAACAUAAAAGAUAUUACCAAACAAGUUGAUGUUUUCCUUGAGCCUUAUGGUAAAUUUAAACUAUUAAUGAUUGGAAGUGUAACAGGCUAUUUAUUGUGUUACAUUGACAAGAUUCUUGAAAGUGAUAAAUCUUUAACUUAUAGAGUUAAAAAUAAAUUUUUUAAAUUAAUACGUAGAAUACCUUUUAUUAAAAAGAAAAUAAAGAGUGAAUUAUUAUUAAUAGAGAAAGACUUGAUAAAAAGUAUCCAUAAAGAUGACACAACAAAUGUUUAUGUAUCUGAAAUUCCAGAUAAAGGAAAAACUAAAUCAGAGAUAAUUCAAUUUCUUGAUAAUUAUACAAAAUUUGAAACACCACAAUACUUGGAUGGUAAAGUUUCAGGAGCUGUUUUUAGUGAUGAAUGUAACAAGGAAGAGAUUGAAUGUUAUAAAACAAUUAUUGAAAAAUUUGCUUGGUCCAAUCCACUUUGGCCAAAAUUGUUUCCAGGUAUUAGAAAAAUGGAAUCGGAAAUUAUUAGAAUGUGUUGUAAUUUAAUGAAUGGUGAUGAUGAAACUUGUGGUUCUAUGUCAACAGGUGGUUCGAUGUCUAUUCUUUUAGCCUGUUUAGCCUACAGAAAUAAAGCACUUGAUAACGGAAUUCAAUUUCCUGAACUUGUAGCACCAACAUCUGCUCAUGCUGCUUUUAUGAAAGGUGCUGAAUUAUUUAGAAUGAAACUUGUUUUAAUUCCUUUAGAUCCUGUUACUUAUAAAGUUGAUUUAAAAAAAAUGAAACAAUCAAUUAAUAAGAAUACAGCUAUGUUAGUUGGUUCAGUCCCUAAUUUUCCUUUUGGAAGUGUUGAUGAUAUUGAAGAAAUUGGUAGAUUAGGAUUAAAGUAUAAUAUUCCUGUUCAUGUAGAUGCUUGUUGUGGGGGAUUUAUUCUUCCAUUUGUUGAUGAAAAUAUAUAUAAUAUUCCAAAAUGGGAUUUCCGUGUUCCAGGUAUUACAAGUAUUACAGCAGAUACUCAUAAAUAUGGUCUUUCACCAAAAGGAAGUUCUGUUGUUUUAUACAAAAAUAAAAGUUAUAUACAUUAUCAAUAUUUUUGUGAAACAGAUUGGCAAGGUGGAAUUUAUGCUUCACCCACAAUGGAAGGUAGUAGAUCUGGUCUUAAUAUUGCUCUUACAUGGACUACUUUAUUCUAUUAUGGUAAAGAUAAAUAUGAAAAUGUCAGUAAAAAAAUUAUUGAAACAACAAGAAAAAUAAAAAAUGGUCUUUCAAAAAUACCAGAAUUAAAGUUACAAGGUGAUUGUGAUAUUUGCAUUGUUAGUAUGACAUCAUCAAUCAUUGAUAUUCAUAAAUUUGUUUCAAUAAUGGAAAAAAAAGGAUGGCAUUUAAGUAGUCUUCAAUAUCCAUCAGGAUGUCAUUUAAUGGUUACAUUAAAUCAUACUAAAGAUAAUAUUGCUGAUGAAUUUAUAAAAGCAUGUCAUGAUUCAGUUAAUGAAAUUAAAAAAAAUAAUGACUCAAAAUUAGAAGGAACUGCUGCAUUAUAUGGUAUGGCACAAAAAAUUCCUGAUAGAAGUUUGGUUAAAGAAUUUGCAUAUAUUUAUCUAGAUACCUGUUUAAUUAUGAAAGUAGCUUAUAAAGAAGCUGCUUUUUUAGCAUGUGUUUCAUCAACAGUAUGUCUCAUACUAACUGCUAUAUUUUUACCAAUAAUUCAUACAAAUAUACAGAGAAAAAAUUCUAAUAUUUUAGCUCAUGUAGAACUUUGUAAAAUGAAAUCUAAAGAUAUUUGGAAACAAAUUAUGGUUAUUGAUAAAAAUCCAAUUAUUAGAAAAAGAGCUUCUGGUUAUACAAAUAAUUAUGAAUCAGUUAAUACACCUUAUACUGCCUCUUCUGGUGUUGGUAAUGCUUGUUGUGCAUGUACUCAAGGACCACCAGGUAAUAGAGGUGCUCAAGGUAAACCUGGAAAACCAGGAAUUGAUGGUAAUCCUGGAAGAAAUGGUUUAAAUGGAAGAGAUGGUGUUUAUUUACCUGCUCCACCUGCUGGAACUAAUGCUUGUCAAAAAUGUCCACCUGGACCUCCAGGUGCACCAGGAAUUCCAGGUCCAAAAGGACCACGAGGACCACCAGGAAAUCCAGGAAAAGCAGGAAGAAUGGGUGAAAAUAGUAGACCAGGACCACCAGGACCAAUGGGAAUGAGAGGUGAACCAGGUCCACCAGGUCCAAAAGGACCAAGAGGUGAUAGAGGAAAAGUAUUGAAUGGUGCUCCACCAGGUCCACCAGGACCAACAGGACGUGUAGGACCUAGAGGUCCACCAGGUGGAAGAGGUCAUGAUGGUAAACCAGGUAUUGGUGGAACAGUAGGAAUUAGAGGACAAGUUGGAGAUAGAGGAAAUCCAGGUAGCAUUGGAUUACCAGGUCCACCAGGACCACCAGGUGAUCCAGGAAAUCCAGGUUCAUGUUCACAUUGUGAUGGAAAUCGACCACAAAUUCCUUCACCAAAACAAGAAAGUAUCAUGCCUGUUGUUACAAGAAAUAAUAUUCCUUCUCCUGUUCCAAUACCACCACCACAAAUGGAAGAACCUAUGAAUGCUUUACCAUCAUCUAAAGAACAUAUACCAUCUACAUUACCAAAUUCUCAAUCUGAAGUUGAAGUUUUACCAUCACAAAGCAGAACUCAAGGAGAAUAUUUAUGGUUUAAUUAA